CGCUGACGAAGCCAUUUUCGCACCCGCAUGUACUAGAACGUACGUACGAGCAUUCUCUUUUGACAUCGGCGACGAAUGAGCCCCAUGGGCCGUCUCGUCGUAUGGACGGCUGAGCUGGUUUCGGUGGCGCGGCUUUUUUUGUGAUCUGCUCUUUUAUCCGAUACGGCUAAUCUUCCGAUAGAUUGCGGUUGGGGCUCGUCAAGCUGAGCAAGGGCGACGAGUGCAGAUAGGGCUUCUUUCAGCUUCGGGGACCUCACAUCCAGUGCGAACACGCUGCGCUUCUUCACAGGCGUCCACUCGAGGUGCCUACCAAGGAACGCCGUGUCUGCGUUUGUGCUUGCUGAUAUCAAUCGGCUCUCCUGAUACCGCUUUCACCGAGCUUCUGCUGCUGACGAAGGGGCGGCGCGGGCGACAAGCCCACGGGGGCCAGACACAGUUGCCUUCAAGCACCCUCUAAAUCACUGGUGGCCAAGCAGAACAACUUACAGUGGAGCCAGCCGCAGCCGUCAUACAUCGCCUCGGUGGACAGACAACUUAUAAGGCAGUCACACAGGGCACUGCGUCACAUUGGCAGCUGCGGCAGCAUCGAGGCAACACCUAAAUUAGCACCUGCUUUUUCGCAGUGCGUGCACCUCCAGCCAUGAAGCCAUCCCUGAUGAUGGCACUUCUCCUUGGUGCCUGCUCCUUUCUGCCCAACUGUCAAAACGCACCCACGUUCCUUCGCUGGGUCGCUCUCAGAAAAUUGCUCGGCGGCGAGUUGCUGAAAGCAGGGCAGCUCGCACAGCACUUUGAGCAGGAUGCAGCCUCACCGACUACCAGCAGUGGCUUUUCCUAUUGCAGCAUCUGCAAGCUGUCCACUUCCGCCAUCCGAGGGUACUUACACAAAGGCUGGCCGGAGUCUGCAAUCACCACCAUACUUCGACAAGGCUGCGGAACCCUGGGCAUCGAAACGCCUCGUGUAUGUGCAGGACUCGUAAAGCUAUUCAAGGACGAGUUCUUCUACGUACUUGGACACACAACAAUGAGUCCUGCCGAGAUUUGCGGCAUCUUAUUCCCAGAUGAGUGUCCACCCAGCAGUGUACUCAACUGGACAGUGCCGUUGCCAGUGAGGACCAAGCCACCCGUGACGCCCGUCCCGCUGCCAAAGGAAGGGUCACCAACUCUGCGCGUUCUGCACAUCAGUGACACGCAUGUGGACCCCGCUUACAGCGAAGGUAGCGAAGCGGUAUGCAACGAACCGCUGUGCUGCCACGCUGGAGACGUGCCGGCGGCAGAACAGCAGCGAAGGAUUGCAGGCCGCUGGGGAGCCUUCAGGACCUGCGAUAUACCUCCAAAGACGUUCGAGCACAUGCUCAAGACGAUCAGGGAGACUCAAAAGAUUGACUAUGUAAUCUGGACGGGUGACAUGGUGGCCCAUCACAUAUGGAACACGUCACGAUUGGCCAACUUGGGCAUCAUGGAGUACACCAUGAAGACUAUCGAGAAGUACCUUCCAGGUAUUCCAGUCUACCCAGCGCUGGGAAAUCACGAAGGAGAGCCUGUGGACAGCUUCCCCAUACCAGCAGUGAGAGGCAACCGGUCUGUAGAGUGGCUCUAUACGGCUCUGGCUUCGCAGUGGUCCCAAUGGCUGCCUUCAUCAGCCACCUUGACUAUGAAAAGAGGUGCCUUCUACGCCAUUACGCCAUUUCUUGGACUGAAGAUAAUUUCUCUCAAUAUGAACUACUGCAACAAUCUGAACUGGUGGCUUCUUCUGGAUCCGCGAGACCCCGCAGAGCAGCUGGCUUUUCUCGUCAACGAGCUUCAAGAGUCCGAGACGAAAGGCCAAAAAGUCCACAUUAUUGGCCACAUUCCCCCGGGACAGGGAGACUGUCUGACGGUUUGGAGUGACAACUACAACCGUAUUAUCGAGCGGUUCGAGUCAACGGUACGUGGCCAGUUUUUCGGGCACACGCACACCGAUGAGCUCGAGGUCUUCUACGAGUCCAUUGGUGAGCAGCAUUCAGCAAUGAGGCCGUAUGCGGUGGCCUACGUGGCACCUAGUACUACUACGUUCAACUCCGGAAACCCGGCCUUCCGUGUGUAUGUCGUCGAUGGAAACUACAAUAACAGCACCUGGGCUGUGCUGGACCAUGAGACGUACGUGAUGAACUUGACCGAGGCGAACGCGGACCCGACGCGGGAACCUCGCUGGCAUCUGGAGUACGCGGCCAAGGUUCAGUAUGGCAUGCAAUCCCUGGAAGCAGCUGAAUGGGACAACUUGCUGAAUAGAAUGGAAGCCGACGAUGAGUUAUUUCAAAGCUUCUAUAGGUUCUACACAAAAGAGGACCCCACCGCAAGGCCCUGCACCGCCACCUGCCGGAAAGUCUUUCUUUGCAAGCAGCGCACAUCAAAGUCGGCUGACUUGAACAAAUGUCGAUAACACCUUUCUGUGUGUCUGAUAAAUAUUUGCACAACGACAAGCUUACUCAGCUUUUUGCCUUAUACCGUUUUACUAGCUAAGCCAUGUUUGCAUUUGGCGACAACCACCAUAAAUAUUGCAUGAAAUUUGUUCAAUUAUAUGAAAGAAUAAUUAGCGCUUACUUGCAGUUAGACCAGUAGCAUCACUUUUAUCUUUGCAACUUGUGUUUCAUGGUAUUUCAUGAGGCUAUAAGGAGAAAAAAGGCCUACAGUAUAACUAACUGAGGUGGUCAGUUAUAGCACCAACUGUGUUUCCUAUCACCAAUCAAGUUUUCACGUAUUCUGUUACGACGUUCACUGUAAUAAGUGAGACCCAGCGACAUUACUCCUUUGUGUACAGACGCACUCAGUCACCUACAGCUUCAAUACUGCUGCAAUGAAGAGAACAAAUAAAACUUGUGAAAAAUGCCAAAA